AGGAUAUGAAAAAGGGCAAGGCAGGAAAAGGACCCAUCACAACCAUGACGGUCGGCAAUAACCCCGGAACCGAGCUAGAUACUGCGCCUGAGGAAGAGGAAGAAUCAAGAAAGGAUAAACCAAAAGAGGAUGCCGAAGAAUUGUUCAGGAAUCAUCCGCUCCCGGUAUAUGAUGUGGUGAAGGCUGAAGAGAAAGCAUCUGCCACAAUGGAACUAGAAGCUCGUGCUACGGUUUCGCCCCCCACGAAGAUCACGGACUGGCUCAACGAAGAGAAAAGUGAAGUUAGUCGUGACGUCUUGCCACUUGUCCGACCUUCACAAAUCAUCCACUCAGAUAUACACAACAUCUUUCACCCCACCGACAACCCCUACUCUGUU